AUGGCAGAUAAAGUGCAGCGAGACGGUACAAAACUUGAGAACGAUGAGUCGCUAAGGGAUUUGGGAGUUAACGUGCUCUCCCAGAGCAGUUUGGAGGAAAGAAUAGCUAAUGACGUAACCAACUUCAGUAACCUACAAUCACUGCAGCAAGAGGAGACUCGUUUAGAACGCAGUAAGACUGCUCUACAGCGUUAUGUCAGCAAGAAGAAUCUUCUCACCAGGAAGUUGAACAAUGCCACUAGGAUAUCUGUUAAGCAGAACCUCCGAGACCAGAUCAAAAACUUACAAUCUAGUGAUAUCGAACGGGUCCUAAGAGACAUAGAAGACAUCCAAUCAAGGAUCAAAGAGCUGAAAGGGCAGAUAAAUCAAGGUGCUGAAAACAGAGCUUCCAAAGAGGGAUUUCAGAGACCCGGUGAGAGCGAGAAGGAGUUUUUGAUCAGAACUGGUAAGAUCACUGCAUUUGGACACAAGGCUGGUUUUAGCUUAGAUACUGCAAACACAGAGUAUGUAGAUGAUGAGGAGCAGAAGGAUAAGGAUUUUGAAGUGGCGACAGAGCAAAUGGUAGAAAACCUAACUGAUGACGAUGAUAACCUCAGCGAUCAAGACUUUCAAAUGAGUGGUAGAGAAAGUGGGGACGAUGAUGAAGAAGAAAAUGACGAUGAAAUUCUCGAAGACCUGGAGGAUCUGCAGUCCAAAGAUCAACCUAGUGAGGCAAAGGAUGAUGGGGAUGAGUCAUAUUACCAAGCAAGGUUGAAAAGGUGGAUACAACAACGUUCUGCUGGCAGUCAAAGGAGGCCAGGGUUGCCGGAAUGGCGAAGACCUCAUCCUAAUAUCCCCGACGCAAAACUUAAUAGCAAAUUCAAAAUACCCGGUGAAAUAUACUCGCUAUUGUUUAAUUAUCAAAAGACGUGUGUGCAGUGGCUCUAUGAGCUUUACCAGCAAAACUGUGGCGGUAUUAUUGGUGACGAAAUGGGUCUAGGGAAAACAAUUCAGAUUAUCGCAUUUAUCGCAGCGUUGCAUCAUUCAGGUUUAUUGACAGGUCCCGUAUUGAUUGUCUGUCCUGCAACUGUGAUGAAGCAAUGGUGUAAUGAAUUACAUCAUUGGUGGCCUCCACUGAGGGCGGUCAUAUUACACUCCAUGGGCUCAGGGAUGGCUUCUAACCAAAAAUUCAAGAUGGAUGAAAAUGACCUAGAGAAUAUGAUAAUGAAUUCAAAACCAACCGAUUUUUCGUACGAGGAUUGGAAGAACUCAUCAAGGACGAAGAAGGCUUUGGAAUCAAGCUACCAUUUAGAUAAGUUAAUAGAUAAAGUUGUUACUGACGGGCACAUUUUAAUCACUACCUAUGUUGGGUUAAGAAUACAUUCAGAUAAGCUACUGAAAGUGAAAUGGCAGUAUGCUGUUUUAGAUGAGGGACAUAAGAUUAGAAACCCAGAUUCAGAGAUUUCAUUGACUUGUAAAAAAUUAAAGACACAUAAUAGGAUUAUUCUUUCAGGAACACCAAUACAGAAUAAUUUAACCGAACUUUGGUCGCUCUUUGAUUUCAUUUUCCCUGGUAAAUUAGGAACUCUGCCCGUAUUUCAACAGCAGUUUGUCAUACCUAUAAAUGUGGGUGGUUAUGCAAAUGCAACGAACAUACAAGUUCAGACAGGCUACAAAUGUGCUGUUGCGUUGCGUGACUUGAUUUCGCCGUAUUUGCUACGUCGUGUGAAAGCUGAUGUUGCUAAAGAUCUGCCACAAAAGAAGGAAAUGGUUCUUUUUUGUAAACUCACGAAAUACCAAAGAAGCAAAUAUUUGGAGUUUUUACAUUCUUCAGAUCUGAAUCAAAUUCAAAAUGGUAAGAGAAAUGUUCUAUUUGGUAUCGAUAUUUUAAGGAAAAUAUGCAAUCACCCCGAUUUACUUGACAGAGAGACAAAGAGACAUGAUUCAAGCUACGGUGAUCCCAAAAGAUCCGGAAAGAUGCAGGUUGUCAAGCAAUUAUUAUUACUGUGGCAUAACCAGGGCUAUAAAGCCCUACUCUUCACUCAAUCGAGACAAAUGCUGGAUAUUCUAGAAGAAUUUAUAUCAAUGAAGGACCCCGAUUUAUCACAUCUGAAGUACUUGCGAAUGGAUGGAACAACGAACAUCAAAGGGAGGCAAUCGUUGGUCGAUCGCUUUAAUAACGAAUCUUUCGAUGUAUUCUUACUAACCACAAGAGUUGGGGGGCUAGGUGUUAAUUUAACUGGUGCUAAUAGAAUUAUCAUUUUUGAUCCAGACUGGAACCCAUCUACUGAUAUGCAAGCCAGAGAAAGAGCAUGGAGGAUUGGGCAGAAAAGAGAGGUAUCAAUAUAUAGAUUGAUGGUGGGAGGCUCAAUAGAGGAGAAAAUUUAUCAUAGGCAAAUAUUCAAACAAUUUUUAACCAAUAGAAUUUUGACAGAUCCUAAGCAAAAGCGAUUUUUUAAAAUUCACGAGCUCCAUGAUUUAUUUUCACUUGGUGGUGAAAACGGCUACUCCACAGAAGAAUUGAACGAAGAAGUUCAAAAACAUACUGAAAAUCUAAAAAAUUCUAAAUCACAGGAAAGUGAUGAUUUUGAGCAACUGGUCAACUUAUCUGGCGUCUCUAAGCUAGAAAGCUUUUAUAGCGGUAAGGAGAAAAAAGAAAAUAGCAAGUCAGAGGAUGAUAGAUUAAUCGAAGGGUUGCUAGGAGGAGAGAGUAAUUUAGAAACCGUUAUGAGUCAUGAUUCGGUUGUCAAUUCGCACGCAAGCAGCUCUUCUUCAAAUAUAAUUACAAAAGAAGCGUCUCGGGUGGCUAACGAUGCGAUAAAUGCAUUAAGGAAAUCGAGGAAAAAAAUUACCAAGCGGUAUGAAAUUGGGACACCUACUUGGACCGGAAGAUUUGGUAAAGCAGGUAAAAUCAGAAAGAGAGAUCCGUUGAAAAACAGAUUGACCGGAUCAGCUGCCAUUUUAGGCAAUAUUACAAAGUCACAAAGGGAGGCAUCUAGGGAAGCUCAUCAAGAAAACUACGACGAUGACGUUAACUUUACAAGUUCCAGCGAACUUAAUUCCAAUACCAAGAUGCUAGAAAAUAUUCGGAGAUAUUUGCAGCAACAAAAUAACUUCUUCUCAUCCAGUGUUAGCAUACUUAACAGCAUUGGUGUCAACCUUUCUGAUAAAGAAGAUGUUAUCAAAGUUAGAGCGCUAUUAAAAACCAUAGCGCAGUUUGAUAAGGAGCGUAGGGGGUGGGUACUCGAUGAAGAAUUUAGGAAUAACAAUGUUUGA